AUGCAACUAAUCCUGGGACGGGCUGGCAGAGACUCGUUGGGAGCCGAGAAAAAUCCGGUUGACGUGAUGCAGCUGUGGGGCGAGUUGUUGGACGAUUUCUACGCGAGAAGUUGGCGCUUCCUCCAGGUCGACAACAACACCGAUCUCGGCGAUCCUGACGGCGCCGAGCUUGCCCCACCGGCCAUGCUCCAACUGUUGCGGGUGGACAUCUUGGUUCCGGUGUUGUGCUACUCGGUUUUUUGGUAUACGCUGAAUGGGAUUGUCGACGCCAACUUCUGGACGAAUAUGCCGGAGGGAAUCAAGCGGAAACGACUCGUUAACGUCACCACCUCACUCAUUCAUUCGUCGGUGUCCGGCUUCUACUUUUUGAUCUUCCUCCUCCGAUUCCCGUCGCUGAUGUUCGCGGCUCCGAUGAACUACUAUGGAUAUUUGGAUACACACAUUUUGAUGGUGACAAUCGGAUACUUCAUCUACGACGCCAUCGAUCUGCUCAUUAACGACAAACUAUCCAUCCAAACCGGGGUCCUCCUCUUCCACCACAUUGCCGCCGUCCUCUUCAUCAGCAUCGCUCUCGCCUCGCACAAAUUCGUGCUGUUCGCCUACUGGGCCCUCCUCAUGGAGGUCUCGUCGGUGUUCCUCCACCUCCGCUCCAUCUUCCACUUCAGCAAGAUGAGCACCAACCCACGCUACUCCGAGGUGACGAAGCUGGUGUUGAUCGGCAACCUGGUGUGCUUCAUCGCCUUCCGCUUCUCCGUGCAGGCGUGGAUGGUCAUCUGGGCCAUCGUCAAUCGCCACAAUAUGCAUACCUUCUACCUGGUGAUGGCCAUCGUGGCGAUGUCGGCCUUCUUCCUCAUCAACAUGUCGCUCUUUCUGCGUAUCCUCUACUCGGACGGCUUCAUGGGCUCGACCAAAGUCAGCCGUAAGCAGCUCGACGCCCUCCUCGAAGACAACGAAUACACGGCCCUCGACCAGGAAGGAGCCGAUGAUAUCGAAGAAUUGAAGAAGGACCCUGAAAUUGCC